AAAAACCCUAAAAAUUCUCUAAAAAAGAAAAUCCUAACAGUUUCUCUCUUUCCCUCUCACAAACACACACACACACACUCUCUCUCUCAGCUUGGGUCUCGAACGGGCGGCGGGGUCUCGAAUGGGUGAGGUCUCGGCGGCGGAGGAUUCGAGGGGGCUCUCUCCCUCUCACGUCUUGAACGGGUGUUGACUCGAAGGCGGGGGAUUUGACGGGCCGCACUCCCUCUCACCGACCGACAGAGGCUCGGAGGUUACGAGGGGGGCUGGACGACAUGGAGGCUUGGGUUUGGCGCAGGCUCAGGGGCUCGUUGGGGCUGGAUGACUCAGAGGCUCGGCGCUCAUUUGGAUAGAUUAUGCAGAGGCUCGGGGCUGGAUAAUGCAGAGGCUUUGGUGGUUUGUUUUGUGGCUUUGAGUUUCUCGGAUUGGAUAUCUUGGAGUAGAGCGUUAAGUGGCAGAUUGCGGCUUUUGGUGGCGGAGUGGAGGCUUUGGUUGUGGAUCGGAGCUAUUGGUGACAGAUGGCAGCAGUUGGUGAUAAAUAUAGAGGCUUUGCAAACUCUUGUUAAGGUUCAGCGGUGUCGUCUUUGUGGUGGCUGGUGCGUCUUUGUAGUAGCAGCGGCGUGGGACUUGCUUGGAGUUGGUGAGUGAUGUUGCACAAUAAGUUUUUGCAGGAGUUGGUGAGUGAUGUUGCACAAUAAGUUUAUGAUGCCAAAUUUCCACAAGAACUUGUGUUUUUGACAUCUUUUGUGAAGUUGUAUUAUUUUUUUUUCAUACUUGUACGCACUUUUAUUUUGGGGGAUACAUUCAUUAUUUGUUACUCAUGAUAUAUGAUUAAGUAUUCUAUGUUUACACAAUUUUUUUUUAAUAUAAGUGGCUGAGGUUAAGGAUUACCUUUA